UCUUUGCAACACACGAGAAGUGAUCUACUUUUGCUCUACCAUUUUUGUGUUUAAAUUGAAAAUUUGAAAUUCAUCUUCUAAAUUCACUUAUUUUUAAUUUGUACCAAAGAUAUAUUUUUUAGAAGUGAAAUGAAUCAAGAGAAUAGUAAUUCUGAUAAAAUUACAAUAAAAAUAAGGCAUUCGGAUGAGUAUUAUCAUGAGAUUACAAUUGAUUGGUCAAAUGAAAGUUUUGAUUACAGGAAACAAUUGUUCCAUCAGCUAUCUGCAUACACAGGCAUACCGAUUAAACAACAAAUGUCUUUAUUUGUGCGCAAUGAACAACCUCGUUUGGGUGUCGAACUGGUAAAUACCGAAUGCGCUGAUUGGAAUACACGAUUGGUUACCAAAGAGCAUGCAAUGAGUGUUUUUCAAGAUGGCGAUUGUUUUCUUCUUGAAACAUUAAUGUAUAAAAAUGGUGCUCCUAAUAUAAGUUGUGUGUAUCGAUUGGUCCAUCGUGAUGUAGCUACUGAAUUUGGAUGUAACCUAGACUAUUGCCAUUAUUUGUGUAGACGAUCUUUUUCUAGAAGAAUUUCAGAGAUCAUAAAAGCAUACCAAUCGCAGCACAUUCUGGAUCCAAUGGCUCAUGGACAAACAGAAGAGGAAAGGCAACGCAGCAAAGAGGCUGUGUAUGAUGAUCAUUACAGGGAGAUAAUGAGCAUUGUACACGCUCAUCCUGCCCCAUAUAACUGUAUAAUAAGGGAUCUUGCCUUUUCUAUUUCAAAACAAGACGUUGAAGUAAAGUUCCAAAUUUAUAUUGCUUCUCGACGGGAUCCUAAUAAGUACGAAGCGUUAAAGUGGUUGGAAUAUAAUAAGUAUUAAUACUUGUAGUCGUUAUCGUAGUUAACUUAAAUUUCGUUGUAUUUUUCAUUUUGUCUCAAAAUUGAUUGCUUUACCGUGAACAAAUCCAAUCUUAUUCAAUGGAAGAAAUGAACAAUAAAUCGAUAAGAUCAUAAAAUGAUAUUUAAUCAUAUGAAAAUUUCAUUUUCUUAGAAAUACUUGUUAUUUUUAUUUUAUUUUUAUACAAGUUUCAAUCAUUUGCUUUGUAGAUGGUGAUAACUUUGCAAUCAUUUGACACAUUUAUUUAUAUAAAUAAUUUUCUUUCUCUCGUUCGAUUUUUGCUCUAAAA